UAACACCCAUCUACGCCGCUCGUCUACGUUCUCUGACCUUCUGAUUUUAAUCCUUCUGCUUCCCUGCUUCUGUAUCCUUUGCCACUGGUGUAGGCGACCAUUCAAGAUGGUCAAAACGGAAGCCUUGAAGACUCGCGCUUCUCAACUUGCCGCCGCCAAGAAGAAACCCUACACUAGAUCUCAGAAGCGUGUGGCAGAAGACCAGAUCUCUUACUCGAUCAAGCGCGCCACUUCGACUUCGGCCACGCGAUGCGCGACGACCAAUCAGGGUUCAAGUUCUCGGCGUGGCAAGGAGAGGCUCACUGCAGAGAGAACUGAACCCGACUUAUCUGGUCCAGGCGUGCCGCCCAACCUCGACGCCCUGGCCUCCACUCUCGGACACAUGUAUGCCACAGUCAAUGGCACUCUCGCACCCGGGCAGGAACCUGCGAAAUAUUCGAGCGUCUAUCAACAUCUUCCCAAGCAUCUUCGCAUCGAGGAGGGAACAGUCAUCCCGCAGAUCCCGCUAUUGACGUCGUGGGGUGGCGAGGUGGUGAAUUGUUGCUACUCGGAGGAGCUUGCCAACGAGCUACUCAAAGUAGAGUACGGCUCGGUCGAAAAGGGAAAGAAGGCGGUCAAGGAAUUUAUGGAGGUCGCUGAGUACCUUGGGGGGCAACCUGAUCCCGAGGAUACGACGAUUGACCGAAUCGAGCUUCCCGGUCUCUCCUUUCAUCUCCGGCUGUGGUUGGGGCACCAGAAGAACUUCGUGUCCUUCGACUUCUGCGACAACGAAACCAAACGCCCCGUCGAAAAGCACCGUUUUCUCACUGUUUUCUACAUGCGUUCCCCCCAAGACAUGCAUCCUGUUCAGGUUCAGUCACUCGAGUACUGCCAUCAUCUGGACCAAUCCGUCGGCUAUAACUCCUUCGCCGUACUCGAGGGCUCGAUACUUGAUGUUCGAUGGAAGGGGAAAUCCAUCAAGAGAGUGGUGAUGCCGGAGCGCGAGCGACCAGCUCAGCAAGCCCAGGCUGUACCGGCUCGAGGUCUACGCGAGCUGGAGGUGAAGUCUCCACAGGAAAUGAUGGCGGAUCUCGCUGAGUUCGCCCGUAAGGCGAUGAACCAGGCGUAGUCGCUGCUGGUGAGACGCCCGGCACUGUCAAAUCAAACAAUCUCCCCUUCGUCUCCGCGCGCGACACGCUCGAAUCUCCUCCUUGCACCCACAUAGCGAUGCCGGUCCGGUGAUCUUCAUUUGCAAGCGCCCGACUGUUGUGCGAUGUUACUGGACCAAACAAUAUCUCUAUCAUGCCCCUUGUGCUCUUGCUCUCUUCUCCUGUUCAAUCAUGACCGCUCUCAUCUCUAUCUCUCAUCUCCGCUCGCCGGUGCUUUGAUUUUGCUGCAUGUUGCGCACGUACUGUCGCUAUAACGCGUUUAUGAUGUCUAUACCUCUUGCGUCAAGAAAAUGGUUUCGCCGGACUCAAUCCACC